AUGUUUUUGCUGCUGGUCAGCCAAGUGUUUGCACAUAUGGCGCUCAAAGUCCCCUGCCCUCGCUACAAUGCCAAUGGAGUCAAGUGUCCCCAGAUUCCUGACGGCGAGUCAUGGGAUUGGACUCAAGUCGCUCCCAUCGGAAGCGCUGACGAAGUAUUCCAGCCAUUAUGCAAGUACACUAAGCCAUUCAAAACCCCCAGCGCCAGAUGGAAGGCAGGUGAGACCGUCACUGUUGGAUUUCAAGGAGCUGCCGCACACAGCGGCGGCCAUGGAGAAUUCUCCAUCUCUUAUGACAACGGAAAGACAUUUAUGGUUCUGCAGCAAGAGUUGAGGUACAUGUUCUUUGGCACGCCGACUAAAUUGACCAAUACACCGAGGAAACUAAAGUAUUCAAUUAAGCUCCCUGAGAACUUACCGGGGUCAGACAAUGCCGUGUUUGCAUGGACGUGGGUUAAUGCUUCGGGCAACCGCGAGUUUUACAUGAACUGCGUGGAUGUUCAGAUAAUUGGUAAAGCUGGCAAGAUUACGGGCAAGGAAAUAACUGUGGUAAACUAUGGUCCUUAUACACAAAUGCUACCAGAGUUCUAUGGAGACUACGACACUGGUAUUGAUAUUUACUCUAAUGCGCGUAACAUCACAGUGACAGGUCCUGGAAAUGAAAGUGCUUUUGUUAUUAUGCUUAACCCGGAUGGAGCUCAGAGUGAGGAUGGAAAAAUUGAUGAACAGGGAAACAGGGACAGCGACAAUGAUGACACUGAUGAUGAAGGUAGAGAUGGCGAGGAUAACAACUAG